AUGAGGAUACUUGCUUAUGAAGCAUCAGCAGAUUCUGUGGAUGAUUCCAUGCGGAUUCGAGAAAGCACUGCUAUAGAUAGUCUCAGCAGGUUUAUCAAAGUAAUUGUUGUAAUUUUCGGUGAUGAAUAUCUAAGGUCACCAACUGACGAGGACACUGCAAGAUUACUUGCAAUUGGCAAACAACAUGGGCAUGGUCUGACUGUUAAUUAUAUAGUCAAUAGUCAUGAAUACACGAUGGGAUACUACCUUGCUGAUGGUAUAUAUCCAUCAUGGUUAACAUUUGUUAAAACAAUUUCUUUACCACAAGGAAAUAAAAGAAAAAAUUUUGCUACACUUCAUGAGUCAGCAAAAAAGGAUGUAGAGCGAGCAUUCGGGGUACUCCAAUCAUGCUUUGCAAUUGUGCAUGGACCAGCUCGUUCUUGGGAUGAGAAAAUAUUAAAAAAUAUUAUGCAAGCAUGCAUAAUAAUGCAUAACAUGAUUGUUGAAGAUGAAAGAAAUGAUGAUUAUAUCGACUUCGCGUACGAUGCUGCUGAGGAAGCUCCAACUAUAUCAGUGUCUCACGAACAUACAAUAAAUUUGUGUGAAUUUAUUCAGAAUCAUCAUCACAUUGGAGGCAUGCAAACUCAUUCUCAAUUGCAAUUGGAUCUCGUCGAGAACUUAUGGCAACGAAAUGGUGGGCUUUAG